CGCCGGAGGGCCGUCACACGCGUCAGGUGUCGUGGACAACGACCCUUGGACGCACUCCACACGUCCUGUAAUAUGCUCAGGUCCUUCUUUGCUCGAUGCUUCUGCAUGCGCAGGAUAUUGGACCCGACCCUUGGAGCGCAUCUCUGGCGCUGGCGCGCGUGACGAGGCGCAGCUGAUGGGCGGUUGCGGUUUCUCGGGACCACGCGGCGGCAGCACGCAGGGCUUUCUCACGCCCUCUCGUCCCGCCGGCCCCUUGACGCACCCUCGUCCAUCGCAUGGAUGCUGCGAGGCGACGAUGAGCAGCAUCGCAGAAGUGUGCAGCACCGCAUCGACGCUAUGGCCGCAGGGUGCGGCGGCUCGGCGCUGCACGCUGAUGCUCUGCUGCUGCGGCGGCUGCGUGCCGCCCAGGCACCGCGUCGACGGCUCCCUCGCGCACCCUCGCCGCGCCGCAAGGGGUGCCAGACUAACGGCUCGCCAGGCGCGCCCGGCGGUUUCGCUGCUCCGCCUGCUCCGCCGCCGGGUCGUCAUGCCUGAGGAAGCUCCUGUUUGCCGCUGCGGAGUGUGGAAGUGCGGAUCAGCAUCCAAGGACGCAGGAUACUUGCCGGAAUGCAGCGCCAGUGCAGGCGGCAGGCCGAUGCUUGGCCGUGCGCGAGAGGCGGCUGGCAGCGUGAGAACAGGGGGCGGGGUGCGCCAUCGGGCACGGCGCGACUCGCCCGAGGUGCUGCGCCGACGCCGACGCCGACGCCCACGCCCACGAGAGGGAGCUUCUGCCGCUGGCCGAGCUCGCUGGCCGGCGGCCGUGCCUUGCUCUGGCUGUGCUUUCGCCGGCGGUGCACGCGUCAGCGAGCGCGGCACCGCCGACCGCCAUCGCCGCACCGCUGUGCGACGCUGCUAAGGGCCGGACUGGAUCUGGCGCUUACGCAAGGCAUUCGUUGUCGAUCGUCGCUCGGCGAGAAGGGUGUGUGCCUGAAGCACAUGGGCGACGCGGCU